AGGGCUCAGCAGGUCUGUGGGCACCUGGCCCCAGGGUUCAUGGGGGGUUGCCGUGUCCUGUCCUUGCCCAGCUUGGGCUGGGAGAAGGGAGGAGGGAGAAGCUGGUGAAGCCACUGGGGAGGGCACAGGUCGGGAGGAGAGAUGGGGUGAAGAUGCCAGUUGACUUUGGGAGGGGGCUCUGGAAGCAAGUCUGGAAUCUGGCUAUCAUCAAGCACAUCUGUGUGCUAGUGGGUGUGUCAGGGGACGUGUGUGUGCAUGCCAGUGUGUGUGUCAGAGAACGUGUGUGUGUGCCAUGGGACACGUGUGUGUGCUGACACAGGUGACUGUGCGGAGCUGAGUCGGAGACCAUGUUUGUGAUCUCUGUGUGACCACACUCGGUCCCGUGUGCGUGUUUGCAUGGUCCGGCUGGUGUGUGACUGCACAAAUGCGGCACCACAGGCACGACUGGUGGCUCGGGACCCCCCAGGUCUGCCCCUGUACCCCCCCCUCACCUCUGCGAUGCCUCCCCCAUAAUGUGCACGCACACCCCCCCCGCACCUCUGUAAGGCAGCCCCUGGUACAGGCCCCUCCCCAGGACGGGGGGGUGGGGGUGGUUUACCGCCCCGUGCCCCCCACCCAGCCCCGGGAAGCAGCGCGGUUCCUCCGGCCGCAGACACGAGCGGGGUCCGCGCCGCCCCCGGCGCCCCGCGGUCUCCUGUGUCGCUGCUUUCCCUCCCCAGCGCUUGGCCCGGGCCCGGGCCCGGCCCGGGCCGCCCCGCGGAAGGGUCGCUGGCUCGGGGCGGCCCCGGGCCCCCCUGCUCCGCCGCUGACCGCCGCCCCCAGGCCCCCCCCGAGGAUGAGGAGCCGCCCGGCGCUGGCGGCGCUGAUCGUCCUGGCGCUGCCGCUCGCUCUCGCCCGCCGCCCCCCCGCCGCCGCCGCCCCGCCGGGCCCCGCGCCCCCCGCACAGGGGAUGCCCGUCCCGGAGCCGCUGCCCUGGAGAGCCCGGGGCAGACCCGGGACUGCCUUCGCCGCCGUCCUGCAGCUGCUGCGGGAGGAGGGUGCCGGUCCCCCCGCUCCCGCGGCUCCGCAGAAGCGGGACAUGCACGACUUCUUCGUGGGGCUCAUGGGGAAGCGGGCGGCGGAGCCCGGGCGGCCGGCGGGGCGGGGACGCAUCGGCCCGGUCCCCGGGUGCUCCCCGGGACCCGCCCCGGCCGGCGGCACCCCGCUGCGGGCGGCGUGAGCAGCGGGCGGGGCCGGGGGGGGCCGGACGGGGGCGCACCCGGGACGUCCCCCCACCCACGGGGGACCGUGCUCUGUGCCCCGGGGCAAGGCACCGGGGCCCGCGCUGCGGCGGUGGUACCGGCGGCGGGGGGGGGGGGCGCGUCCCGGGCGCGCCGCUGCCCACGGAGCUGUCGUGGGACCCGCCGGUGCCGGAGCCGCGCUCGCAGCUGCACCGCCCCACGCAGGCGUCCCACCCCCGCGUGUCCAUACACCUGUACCCGUCUACGAGCGCCUGGAAACACCCACCCGUGCGGGACACGCGCCCCGACCCACCGUCUCUGUGUCUUCCUUGCGCCGCCCUGGGGCCGCCCGGAACGCACCUACGGGAUUAAGGACGGGGGGGCAGCGGGGCUGGGGGCGCCCGCUCGCGGGGUACAGCGACCUGCCCACGGCUGCCCCCCGUGAACGAAGGGCCGUUGGUGCCCGUGUCCGUGCCCGUGUCCGCCGUCGCCCCCCCCGCCGCAGCCGC